UUCUGAGGUGACGUAUUGUUUCUCCAAACCACAAAAGUCUACAGAAGAACUGUUGGGUCGAUUCACAAUGGAUGAGGACGGUGAUGGCAGAUCCAGCCUGUCUAACUCGUGUCCCACUCGACCUAAACCCACACAGUCACCAGUUCCUGUCAGGAACCACAGGAACCAGAGAACACUGCAGGGCCCCAAGCUGCUAGAAGUUGACUGGGAUUCUCUUUUUAAAGAGAGACAACCUCCACCAGGAGCAGCUAAACAACACCAGGAGAAUCAGCAGAAACCCAAGACAUUUCACGCCUGUCCAGUGUGUGGAAGACACUGCCAAAAGUUAUCCAUCCUGCAGAUCCACAUGAGAAUCCACACGGGAGAGAAGCCGUACCCCUGCCCCACUGUGGCAAGAAGUUCGCUCACCUGGGAGCCAUGA